AUCGGCAGUUCUCUUUCAGCACUCUCCAAUAUACUUUGCCUGAUCACUCUUAUCGUUCACACAUUCAGUUUCAUUGAGACUACAGUGCACUUCACAUCGAAAUCCGGCUAUUCCAUUUCGGGAAUAUCAUUAACUGGGUUGGAAGCUGUGAAUGGUGUGUGUUGAAAAGCUAUUUUAGCAGAUAUCAGAGAGGUUCUCCCAAAUUACGAGGGAGAUUUUCCAACAGCAUCACAACUGUGAGAAAUUUUGGAGUGAUAGGUCGCUUGAAAGCUAAUUAAUUGCAUCCGGAUUUGGGAAAUUUGAUUUUAAUGAUCUCCCUAUCUGUGUUAAAUCGUAUUUAAAGUAAUUUUCAACGUUAUUAUACCAAGAGUCAUUCAACAAGAAAACCAUCGUUCAGCCAUGGAAAGCAGUCAAUCGAAUCACAAUACGAAAAUAUCGGAUUCAGCAUAUUCAAAUAGCUGCAGCAACAGUCAAUCGCAGAGAAGUGGCAGCUCCAAGUCACGCCACAGUGGGAGUAAUUCCUCUGGGAGCAGUGGUUACGGUGGAAAACCUUCAACACAAGCCAGCAGCGAUGUUACAUCACAGCAGGUGCCGAAGCGCACAAAGGAUAAAGAACGCAAGAAGAAAAAGCUCAAGAGCAAUUUGCAGGCUCUCACAAUAAUAGCCGAUGCAACGGACACCACAGCGGCAUCGUGUUCGGAAAUCAAGAAUGAUGGACAGUGUACCAGUACGGAAAAUAUUCUGGGUGAACCCAGGGAGCCAAAGGAUGAUGCUAUGGUGGGAACCUCUACUGCAAAACAGAGCAGCUCAAGUUGUCAGGAUAUCUCAAUCCCAAUACUUUCUACACCUUCUCCGCUCGAAGUAUGUGACGAACAGGUUGACGCUGGAAAGCAAGUAACUGAAGGUGUAGCGGAGAUGACCGUAGCUUCAGGAGAUAAUGUAGCCAAAUCUGAUAAGAACACAAUGGAAGAUGGGUUUUGUUGUGUGAUCUCUAUGCAUGACGGCGUUGUUCUGUUCACAACGCCUAGCAUCACAGAUAGCCUAGGCUUUCCCCGAGACAUGUGGCUAGGGCGAUCAUUUAUUGAUUUUGUUCAUCCUAAGGAUCGUGCUACCUUUGCCAGUCAAAUCACGUCAGGAGUCGCAGUUCCGUUUUCUGAAACAAAGGGUGGCUACCACAAAGAUAUUCGUAACUCUCUCUUUGUAAUGCUCAGAAGAUAUCGGGGUUUGCGAACAGCUGGUUAUGGUGUUACAGCAAAAGCCGUUAGCUAUGAACCAUACAGACUGGUAUUGAGCUUUCGGGAAGCUCCUGAAGAUCCACGUUCGGAAAACUCUGAGAAUGUGGCACCAAAUGGCAGUACAAUGCUUCUUGUAAUCUGUGCAACUCCCGUUAAGAGUAUUUACAAGAAUCCAGAUGAAAUUUUAUACAAUAGAAGCCCAAAGUUUAGCACACGACAUACCGCAGCUGGAAUAUUAUCUCAUGUCGAAGGUAGUGCGGUAGGGGCCUUUGGAUACCUCCCGCAAGACAUGAUUGGAAGAUCCAUAAUGGAUUUUUAUCAUCCUGAAGAUUAUUCCUAUCUCAAGGAGGUCUAUGAGACAGUCAUGAGAGUUGGCAAAACAGCCGGAGCAUCUUUUUGCAGUAAACCCUAUAGAUUUCUAGUCCACAAUGGUUGCUACAUUACUCUUGAAACUGAAUGGACAAGCUUCGUUAACCCUUGGUCAAGACAACUGGAAUUUGUCAUUGGACAUCAUCGGGUUCUUCGAGGACCGUCAAAUCCUCAAGUUUUUUCAGCAGGUCUGGUUACCCAACAAUUUCCCGAAGAUAUUUUAAAUGACGCCAAGAUGAAUCAGGAAAAAAUUCUAUGUUUGCUCACUGAACCAGUUUCCAAGGAUAUGGAUACUGUUAAACAACAAGUUUCCAAAAGAUGCUUGGCUUUGGCAUCUUUUAUGGAGACCCUAAUGGAUGAAGUCACGCGUCCCGAUCUGAAACUGGAGUUACCACAAGAAACAGAACUGACUAUAUCUGAGAGAGAUUCUGUAAUGCUAGGCGAAAUAUCACCUCAUCAUGAUUACUAUGACAGUAAAAGUUCAUCUGAAACACCGCCGAGUUACAAUCAAUUGAAUUACAAUGAGAAUUUGCAGCGUUUCUUUGAGAGUAAGCCUAUAACAAUAGGGUUGGAUGAAGCCAUGAAGGUUGAUCAUCCUGAACCAGAAUCAACAGGCGAUCCAAACAACAGCCUCAGUCCGGUGCAGUGUUUUGGCAGUGGCAGUGGGUCAGCGGGAAAUUUGAGUUCAGGUAGUAACAUACAGAUGGACAGUACAACAAGUAAUACUGGAACUGGAACAUCUUCAGGGAGUUAUCAACCACCCACCCUUACCGAGGCACUUCUCAGUAAGCACAAUGAUGACAUGGAAAAGAUGAUGCUAAAGAGACAUCGUGAGUCACGGACUGGUGGUCGUAGUGCCGAAAAGAUGAAGAAGGGUCCUGAUAAAACGCAGCAACAAGUGCAACAGCAGCAGGAGCAUUCUUUUGGGUAUGGUGUCAAGAGAAGUGGCUCUCACUCAUGGGAGGGUGUUGAAGCAUAUCGCACGAGUAAGCAUCAACAUCUCAGUGAUAGCCACAAGGAUCUAGCUGCUGGACAUGGCGAAUCAAGUGGAACACCUAUGCAAAAACCAAUGAUAACAGUUGAAGCCCUUGACGGCCUGGGGACAUCCUUCAGUACUCAAUCAUGCAUUCGCAAUGUGGACCUUUGGCCGCCCUUUUCAGUUAGUCUCACCACCAUUCCAAAUCCCAACCCCACAGGUCGAAAUCACUUUGCCACACCGUCUGGAAUUUUUCCCGCCGUCUACUACAUCCCUGCCACGCAAAAGAGCAAUCCUCCGACGGAGCAUCCGGGACCGCCGAAUGCUCAGGCACAAUACGCGUUUCAGUACAUGGCAAGCGUGGUCUACCCCCAUCCGUCGCUCUUUGGUCAGCAAUUCGUCUAUCCCCACCCACCAAUGAUGUAUCAACCUCUGCAAUUUCAAUCUGUCUCACCAUCUGUCGGUGUAACUGAUCAUCAUCCAGGAUCAACCAAUAACCCAGUGAAUGACCAUAAAGGAACAAUGUCUCAGCACAAAGCUAACACAGUAGGUAGAGGAUCUCAAGGGCAUGGACCAUUUCAGAGACCUCCGUCGCAGGCGACAUCUGUGAAGGCAGAACCAGGUUCCAAUAUGGGAAGCAUAGCUUCUGCCUCUGUGGUUAAUCGAGACCUCUCAGAGUCAUCCAAAAAAGAAAUUGCUGAUUCACCUGUAACAUCUUUACCUGAUGCUGACGCAACUGCAGACUCCAAGAGCCAAAUGGAAGACGUCAUCAAGAUGAAAGAUCUGAGCAAUGGAAGUGAUGAUUCAUCCAUGUCCAGCUUCUAUUCAUCCUUUCUGAAGACAGACACAAGUUCCGGAGACGAUCGGAAUGAUGGUGAUAGGAGUAUGCAAAAAGAUUCUGAGGUAUUCUCUGUAUCAUCUGGCCCUUCAGGCAUACAGAGUUUCAAGAGUGACCGUUUUUACGAUCAUUCCCAGGAGAUGCAAUGGGACAAGGGUACCACCACCACCACCACCACAACUCGUAAACCAUGGCGACGACCCGAACCACCGUGGCUGGAUAAUGUGUCCGUGACUCCAGAUCUAGUGUAUCGGUACCAGGUUACAGCUAAAGCAAUUACCGACGUUUUAAAAGCCGAUUUGAGUGCACUCAAGCUAAUCCAUCAGCCAGUUAUGGUGAACGAUCAACUGGACCAACUCUACCUGGAUCUCGAAUUGGAAGGACUAUCGGCAAAACUUUCACUGAGCGAAACAACAUCAAACAGCAGCGGUGGCGAGGAAGACAAUCCGGAUAGGAGACGCAAAAAGGAAUUUCAAUACGGGAAAUUGAUGAUGAUUUAUGAAGAAAAUGCCCCAUUUCCACCACCAAUUGAGCAACCCUAAAUGAGAUGAAUAUAUAAACGUGUUUUUCUCAUUCCCUUUUCCCACUGAGAAACUGUUUCCGGGAAACAGUUUCCACUUUUAUCCAGUUUCUCUAUAAAUUAAUUAUUACUAGCUAUAUAUGGGAGUAUACUUGCUAUAUACUCGUAAUAUUGUGUAUUUUCGUUUUCAAUUUUAAAGUAUUAUGAGCGCACAGAGAGAGACUGAAUUGAGUGGAUUGAUUAAUAAUUGACGAGUUUGAUUUCUAUAGAAAACGUUAUGACCGGUGCUCUGCUUUCUACAGGGAUUAAAUAAUGUUGUGUACUUAAUGUUAAAGACUUUAUUUAAUAUUCAAUUAAUUUCCAUAAAUUCCUUUUAAACUUUCAAAAAUUUAAAUUUAUGAUUUAAAUCUAAAAAUAUAUUUAAGUUAUUAAUUGAACCUUUUUAUAUCCAUCUCCUGAACUAAUUGACUGCAAUGUUUUGUUCCUUCCUUGGUCUUCUAUUUCCAUCCUGAAACUCAUUAGUUUAUUAGACCUUUUAGCUUUAUUAAUAAAGUUUCAAUUGCAGUUUGAAGUGCUUCAUUUUAUAUUUAUUGAUAUUUUGCAUGCAUCGUCGUUAUUUAUCAUGAUACCAAUUAAAGUGGUUAAAGAUUUUAAAUAUGUUUUCAUAGUUUUAAUGUCUCAAAGUGACAAAAUAAAUAUUUUGAAAAGAAAA